UUGCUGUGGUCCCAUUGGCGCAGGUGAUCCGUGUCGGGAUGAGAGAGAGGAGAGAGUGGCGGCGAGGGGAAGAGAGGUGAAAGCUCGGAUGGAGAAAUGUCCAGGCAGGGCUAGGUUUGAAUUCAGAAAGGGUACCGGCCGCCUCCAACCUCCUCUGGAACACUCGACGAUGAGAGCUUCACCGAAAGGGGCACUUUGAGAUACGAUGAGGUUCAUUUCCGCUCGGGAAUAGUACUAUGAUUUGGUAUGUGGCCACUUUGAUAGCAAGUGUAUUCAGCACCCGAGGAACAGCCGCUCAAGGUACCCACGGAGUGCGAGAGGAGCCACAGUUUGUGACAGCACGUGCAGGGGAGAACAUCAUACUGGGAUGCGAUGUAUCCCACCCUUUGAACGGCCAGCCGUACGUGGUGGAGUGGUUCAAAUAUGGAAUGCCAAUCCCCUUCUUCAUCAACUUUCGGUUUUAUCCUCCUCAUGUGGACCCAGAGUAUGCUGGCCGGGCCAGUCUAUAUGGCAAGUCCUCCCUACGGAUAGAAAAUGUACGUUCAGACGACCAGGGCUGGUAUGAGUGUAAGGUGCUGAUGCUGGAGCAGCAGUAUGAUACGUUCUACAAUGGCAGUUGGGUGCAUCUAACCGUCAACGCCCCUCCCGCAUUCACAGAUACGCCAGCUCAGUACGUUGAGGCCAAGGAGGGAGGACGCAUCAUUUUGACCUGCAUUGCGUUUGGCAACCCCAAACCCUCGGUCAGCUGGUUGAGGGAAGGCAACCUUCUCGUCUCCAGUGCAAAGUAUAAGGUAUUUGAUGGGAGCUUGACAGUGCAAUCUAUCACCCGUGAGGAUCGUGGUGCCUAUACAUGUCGAGCCUUUAGCCCCCAAGGAGAGGCCAUUCACACAACACGGCUGCUAGUUCAAGGCCCCCCGUUCAUUGUAUCACCACCAGACAACAUUACAGUGAACAUCUCACAGGACGCCUUCUUCACUUGCCAGGCGGAAGCAUACCCCCGGAACUUGACCUACACCUGGUUCUGGGAGGAAGACAAUGUCUUUUUCAAGAACGAUCUAAAGCGCAGGGUCAGUGUUCUGAUCGACGGCUCCCUUAUCAUUGCCCAAGUCAAGCCAGAGGAUGCUGGGAAAUAUACUUGUGCUCCAAGCAACAGCCUUGGCCUACCACCGAAUGCCUCUGCCUACCUGACUGUGCAAUAUCCUGCCCGUGUUGUAAACAUGCCAUCUGUACUCUACGUGGCCAUUGGUCUGCCGGGCUUUAUCCGAUGUCCUGUUGAUGCCACCCCACCUGUAACUUUGGUUAAGUGGAAGAAAGAUGGUCUCCCUCUCCGAAUAGAUAAGUACCCUGGUUGGAGCCAAAUGGACGAUGGGAGCAUCCGUGUGGCAGAGGUGACAGAGGACUCUCUCGGCACCUAUACCUGCAUGCCUUACAAUGCCCUGGGUUCCAUGGGAUGGUCCCCUCCCGCUCCCCUGGUGCUAAAGGACCCUCCCAAAUUCUCAGUGGUACCUGGAGGGGAAUACAGACAGGAGGCUGGGAGAGAGCUGGUUAUCCCGUGCGAGGCAGACGGUGACCCUUUUCCCAAUAUAACAUGGAGGAAGGUUGGAAAGCCCACCAAAAGCAAGCACAACGUUCUGCCUCGAGGCAGCUUACAGUUUAAGUCACUUACAAAGGAGGACCAUGGGGAAUGGGAGUGUGUUGCCACCAACGUUGCUACAAGCAUCACUGCCAGCACUCAUGUCCAAGUCAUAGGCACAAGCCCCCAUGCCCCCACCAGCGUCCAUGUGGUAGCAUCCUCCACCUGGGCCAAUGCGUCGUGGGAGGUGGGCUACGACGGGGGUUUCCAGCAGGCGUUAUCAGUCUGGUACGGCCAUGUGCUGAAAAGGGAGCGUUUAGGUCCACAUGACUGGCUCUCGAUACCUGUGCCAGGAGGCCAGGAGUGGAUGAUGGUGCCUGGCUUGGAGCCCGAGACAACAUACCAGUUCAGCAUCCUAACCCAAAACAAGCUUGGCACAGGACCCUUCAGCGAGGUUGUCACUGUGAACACAUUAGUAUUUCCUAUAAGUACCCCUGAACCACUGGUGCUGCUUACUCCACCACGGUGCCUCACAGCCAAUCGCACGCAGCAGGGAGUCCUGCUUACUUGGAUCCCGCCCGCUAAUCACACAGCACCGAUCCAGCAUUAUGUCAUGGAGUUUCGCUUGGGGGAACGAUGGGAGGUCCUGGACGACAGCAUCCCCUCAGGCGAAACAGAGAUGCUUGCUCGCGACCUCAUCCAGGAGGCAUGGUAUGAAUUCCGCGUAAUGGCCGUUAUGGAUGACACGAUGAGUGAACCUAGCAACAUAGUUGGCGUGUCCAGUACAGACUUCUUUCCACCUCCUGAGAUGGUUGAGGAAUCAGGGUUGGCAAGGCCAGUUGUGGCUGGCAUCGUGGCCACCAUCUGCUUCUUGGCUGCAGCCAUACUUUUCAGUACAAUGGCAGCCUGCUUUGUGAAUAAGCAGCGGAGGCGGAAGCUAAAAAAGAAAAAGGAUCCCCCACUUUCCAUUACCCACUUGAGAAAAAGUGUGGCAACACCGCAGUCUUCAGGAAAGGCAAGCCCAGAAAGCAUUCGCUCAAAGACAUCCCUAUCAGAAUCAUCUGAGGAUAGUCAUGACCAACAUGGGAAGAAACCACCCCCAAGUCCAGGAAAGAAGGAGGAGUUGUCUCUGUACAAGAAGACCAAAAGAGCAAUAACAAGCAAGAGAUACACCAUCUCUAAGCAUGACACUGAAGCAACAACACCUAUUGAACUCAUCAGCCGUGGCCCAGAUGGACGCUUUGUCAUUGAUCCUACCGAUGCAGAGUUUUCUGUCAAGACCCGACGAAUAGAGGGUUUUCCCUUUGUGGAAGAAUCUGACCUCUAUCCUGAAUUUCGGCAGUCAGAUGAAGAGAAUGACGAUCUUAGGCCUCUUCCACCAGUUAUGGCCCCCCUGCGGCCUCACCAGAUUUCACCCAUCUCCAGUCAUGAAUCCUUCCUCCAGCCUCCAGCCUACAGUCCUCGUUUCCAGAAGCCCUUUGAAGGUAUGACUAUCAUGGAGAGCAGUCGACUCCAGGCCACAGGGCAGAUUCGAGGGUCUCUCCAGCACAGGGCUUUCUAUGGCUACCUGGGCUCCCAUGGCGAUCAUGAUCAUCCUCCUCCUUUUUACAUGACAGAUACCAGUCCGCUUAGCUCUGUCAUGUCCUCUCCUCCAUACCUGACUGAAGGUCCUUUUGGUUACAAUAUGAUUCCAGAGGAAAUGGGAGAGGGUGAUUUCACACAAUAUGCUGUCUCUGGCUUCCCUUAUCCUCUGACACUGGCUUCUUCCUCCCAUUCACCAGAAUUUUGGCGGGGAAUGGAUUUUACAUUUUCAUCUGUGGAGGGGCCCCAAUUCAUUUUUCCACCACACCACUCCUUGCAUCUCCGCCAUGAUUCUCCGUAUCCACCCCCUCCCCCUGUUCUUCCCCUUAGUGCUUUUCAGACCUCCUCCCUCCCAAUGCCUACCUAUCCAUCUGUGUUGCCACUAGAAGCGCCACAGAGCUACUCAAGCAAAUCACCCAGCAAGGCCAGGCCUCAUGGCUCUCCAGCCAGGCAUUUAGCUAUGCAAGAGGCUCAUUUAGGGCAGCUAAGACGUACAAGCCACAGUACAGGUGUUCCAGUUUUGCCUUACACCAAUCCAAUGGCCCAUAUUGGCCCUAGCACCCUCAGUAGUCUGGAUACCCGAUGGUUUGAAUCUACCCCCCAUUUUAGUCCAAGACAGGCUCGUAGGAUGGAUUCUGGGGCGCAUCAGGUGGUUCUUCAGCCCUCUCGACUUUCCCCUCUCACCCAAAGCCCCUUCAGUUCUCACGAGGGAUCUCCUGAGAUUGUUGUACGUCCCCGGCCACGUCCAAACAUUAUUCAAACUCCCAUACCCCAAGACAUUUCUGAGAUUACCCUCCUACCUCCUUCCACAGUCACCUUCUCAAGGAGAUCUUCCCCUUCUUCCUCACCUGCACUAGGCCAGGGUAGCAGAAGAGCCAGUCCUAGCUAUCGUUCCCACAUGGCCUUUGCUUCAACUGCAACCAGCUAUCCAGCUUCCCAGUCGCCGUCACCACCCAUGGAAAGCAGCAACAUGUUUGGGCAGAUGCCAUCUCACAGGAGAACUGAGGAGGAGAUCCUUCCAUCUGAACCCUCUCCAUCCCAGUUGUCAGCUUCAGGAAUACGUCGAGGCGCGCGGAGUGUCCUUUUGGGGUCUGAGAGGAUUGAUGCUCUGAGAUACCAACGUAUUAGAAAGGCUAAGAAGAUGACAAUGAAUAAUAAUAAUUCCAAGACUCGGAGGAAAACAGGUGUCUCCACCUCUCAGACCCAGCAGGCCCACAUCACUCAGGUACUUCAGCCCGAAGAAGCGCUCUACCUCCACAGGAAGAAGAAACGGCUCCUCCUUCAUGAUCCAUACAAUCGCUUCUCCGCUCUGCUGUACCACCGCCCCCUUCAAGAAGACCAGAAGGCUAUUUUGGCUUGUAUGGAUAACACAGAACUUGACCAUGCCACCUUCCUCUGAGAACCCACACAAAUUAAGGUCAAAUGUAUGUCGACACAUUUAAAAAAAAUAUUAACUCCUUCCCUUUGUAAUGUAUGAAAUGCUAAGGGGAGGAGCACCACAUUUAAGCAUUAAGAGUUGGUGCACCCUGUUCUUCAACCACUGGUCAAUUCAGCCAUUUAUGAUGGUUUUAUACAUUAAUUGUGACUAUGAAUGAAGUUUGAGUACUUCAAUUAGAUCAAGAUUAAUUUAAACCCGACGACGAUCCCUCCAAAAUCUGAAAAGUUGGGUUAUUAUGUAUGUCUAAAUGCUGGCCUCUGGAAUCAAUGCGCCAAUCUCCCUGUUCUCUCUAUGGUCACAUUUAGUAUUAUUCUAGCAAAUCAAAUCAGAAUGAUAGCUGCCAGAGUUUUCAAAAGUUUUUCUCCAGUGCAAAAAGUUAUUUCAAAUAGGCAACACUUGAUCAACAUUUUCUUUGAAAUCACAAUUUUCCUCCUAUUUACAUAUUUAGCCAAUUCAAACACAUUUCCUGCUUGUGUCAUGUUUCCUGUGCUAAGUGAGUAUAGCACCCUAGAAAGUAGUACAGGUCUCCGUUUACAGCCACACCUUCCAGCAGAUCCUCUCUGCCAAGGACCUCUUUAAUUCUGCUUAAACUCAUAAAAAGGGUGUUUUUACUUAUAAUGUAUACCUCAGAGCACAGGACACGGGACCACACAAGACCAACAAAUAGUACAAUUCAACUCAUGACAGAAAUGACUUGACUGUUGGCUUUCCACACCAUGUUUUAUUUAGCCAUGCUGUAUUUAUCAGAAACAAUCAGGCUAUGGCCUUGGUGAGCUUGGACAAGAGGAAGUAAUGAAUGGUAGCUUAUUCAAUCACGCUUCAAACACUCUUUCACUUCUCACAUCUGAGAAGAAUUUGCACUGGAGCAAAAUAGUUCCAGGUCCGUUCAUUUGUGUGUUUUUUCACCACUGUCUCCAGUUCUUCUGCUGUAGGUAAGUGUCGUGGGCGCAAAAUACUAAUCAGAAUAAAUUAUCAGGCCAAAAACAACUUAGUAAAACUAUAAAGGAUUUUGUGCCAUAGUGCUGGAUUUGCCAACAUAGAGGAUACAACUGAGAUAAAUGUUUCUGUUUGGUUGCCUGUGUCAUCCAGCAAAUCCAAUUACAAUACCGCUUAACCUGGUUGAGGUCGCGGCGAGCUGGAGCCUAUCCCAGCUGAAUUGAGCUUCGGGUGAAAGGCAAGCGAUACCUCGGACUGGGUGCCAGUCAAUCACAGGACACAUAUAGAGACAGACAACCGUUCACACUUUCAUUCACACCGUCACAUAGUGGAAACCCUCAUCGACUGCCUGCACGAAAGUCAAACAAGUGAACCGCUACACCAUCAGUGACCUGCUGCCUGCUUCACUUCAAAUCCUAAUGUAUUUACUACUGAGCCAUUUUGCUUCACAUAGUAUGAAUGUAAUUUUACAUUUGGUAGCCUUUGUAUGUGGUCUCAUGAUGUAAAUGAGACGAAGAACAGUCACCUCUUCGGAAAUAUAAUACGAAUUAGAGGCAGCUACAUUUUUACAACAGUUUUUGUUUCCUGUCUUUUGUUUAAAUAUUUAAUUUGGAAGCCGUUAAGACCUUUAAAUCUACCCGUUUGACAGACAAAGGAGUGUACACUAUGGAGAUAAAAUGAAGAAAAGGGUGUCAAAAUAUCACAGAUUUAGAUUAUGAUGUUUGUUGUUCUUGAGUUACAGUCAGAAAGACAGCUUCAGCACAUCCUUUUUAUUCUUUUAUCUUAUUAUUCCAAAGGUUCUCAUUUAAGAAAAUGUAUACACACACGCAGUAGAUAGAUAAUAGCUUUAUAUAGAUCCGGGGUGUAGAACUGUUUUUGAAAACCGUCCAUACGGUUCAGUUCAACUGUUGCGGUUCAAUCUGCGUGUGUUCUGUUUAGUUCAUAACAUGCGCAGAUUUAUUAUUUUUUUCCUCAUUUACCAAUGGAGGCGAAGCAAUGUUUAAAGCAAAGUAUCAAGUUAGCGAAGAUGCCGGCACCGACAUGUCAUCUGUGUCAUGCCCUCCAGCGAUGCAGCGGUCAAUCAUACUGCAGCAGGGCGCGUCAAAAGAUACCUUGCAUUGGAAAGAAGAGAUACAGAAUAUGUAGGAGCAGGAGGCUUCCAGUACUUCCAAUUCUGUAUCUCUACAAAGUAAGAUCUCUGGUUUCUAGGCUUGCCCUCUCCAUAGCGAGACGCCCCAGCCGACUCAGCCGUCCUCCCACGGAGCAUGCCGCACACGCCUCGUCGGUGGCCUCUCUGUGCCCUGACUAUGGCCUGCCGACUCAGGCGACUCGGUUAUUCAGAGUUCCCGCGGUGCGCUAUCCGUCGAUCAACGAGUUUCUCCAAGAAGUACCAUGCAAAUGAUUAUGUGAAGAGCAUAAAAUGUGAGCGUCAGGACCGCCUGUCAUUCACAGCUGCCAACGCACGUACAUGCUGCUACAUACGUGCUAAUGCUACGUAGCAAACUCGCUGGAAAUCGCUAUGUUUGACUGACUCAGGUGUUCUGAUUACCAUGGAAAUUUUGGUUCACCCGAGGAUAGCAUAGCAUGCUAACCCCUAUAAAGUGGGAGGCAUUGACACAAACUGUUAUAAUUCCUAUACAGUUUACCUGGUUUGGAUAAAUACUGUAUACCCUCAAAUUGAAGCUCGAAGUCUGCAGUUAAAAGCACAUUUUGUUUGUUUCCUUUCAAGUCCACCAAUGGUGACGUUUAUAGCCAAAUAGAUGACAAGUGUGUCCAUGUCCCAAAAUUUAUGGACCUGACGAAGCAUAUAUCAAUGCUGCUAGAAACUUCAGAACUUGAUGCAUGAGCUGCCCUCAUUUACGUAAGAUUAUCAUCAGUAGACCUUUGUUGAACCGAAGCACCUAUUUUACAUGAGCAAAACCUCACGGUAAACCACCAAACAAAAACAUAAUAAAAAGUAUGAGUACUGAAAUAAUGAUCUUUUCUCAAUUUAGUCACAAAUGUACUCACUCAGUGUGAAAUCUUUAGUUGAACACAAAGCUGAUAUAUUUGCAGGGAGCCAUGACUCGUUCUGUUGUAUAAAUGGCAACAGGUGGAUACACAGGUUUAUUGUACCUUUUGCCAUCCAAUCAAAGAGCAUUUAAUUGGUCUGCCUGUCACUAUAUGCUGCUGGCAUAGACAGAACAACAAAUAUAUAUUUCUCAUUAUUAAACAAUAUUUUAAAUAAUAAUAAUGCUGUGAACAUACUUUCACUUUUAACAUAACUAUACAAGACAUAAUUGAUUUUCCUCAGUCUCCGUGCACUGAACCAAAAACCGUAUUACGAACCGAACCGUGGAUUUUGUGGAUCACACACACACACACACACACACACACAUUAUACUGCCAAAAGUAUUCGCUCAACCAUCCAAACAAUCAGAAUCAGGUGUUCCAAUCACUUCCAUGGCCACAGGUGCAUAAAAUCAAGCACCUAGCGAUGCAGACUGUUUUUACAAACAUUUGUGAAAGAAUGGAUCGCUCUCAGGAGCUCAGUGAAUUCCAGCAUGUAACUGUGAUAGGAUGCCACCUGUGCAGCAAGUCUUGUCGUAAAAUUUCCUCGCUCCUAAAUAUUUUACAGUCGACCUGUCAACUGUAUUAUAAGAAUGUGAAAGCGUUUGGGAUUGACAGCAACUCAGCCACGAGUGGUAUGCCACGUAACCUGACGAAGCGGGGUCAGCGGAUGCUGAGCCACGUAGUGCGAAGACCUCACCAACUUUCUGCCGAGUCAAUCGCUACAGACCUCCAGACUUCAUGUGGCCUUUAGAUUACGUAGCUCAAGAACAGUGCGCAGAUAGCUUCACGGAAUGGGUUUCCAUAACAGAGGAGCUGCAUCCAAGCCAUACAUCAUCAAGUGCGAUGCAAAGAGUCAGAUGCAGUGGUGUUAAGCAGGCCACCACUGGACUCUAGACUAGUGGAAAUGCGUUCUCUGGAGUGAUGAAUCACGCUUCUCCAUCCGACAAACUGAUGGACUAGUCUGGGUUUGGCGGUUGCCAGGAGGAGGAUACUUGUCUGACUGCAUUUUGCCAAAUGUAGUGUUUGGUGGAGGGGGGAUUAUGGUGUGGGGUUGUUUUUCAAGACCUGGGCUUGGCCCGUUAGGUCCAGUGAAAGGAACUCUGAAUGCUUUAGGAUACCGAGAGAUUUUGGAUAAUUUCCAUGCUCUCAACUUGGUGGGAACAGUUUGGAACUGGCCCCUUCCUCUUCCAACAUGACUGUGCACCACUUGCACAAAGCAAGGUCCAUAAAGACAUGGAUGACAGAGUCUAAUGUGGAUGAACUUGACCGGCCUGUACAGAGUCCUGACCUCAACCCAAUAGAACACCUUUGGGGAGGAAUUAGAGCGGAGACUGGGAGCCAAGCCUUCUCAUCCAACAUCAGCGUGUGACCUCACAAAUGCACUUCUAGACGAAUGGUCAAGAUUUCCCAUAAACCUUUUGGACAACAUUUCCAGAAGAGUUGAAGCUGUUAUAGCUGCAAAGGGUGGGUCGACGUCAUAUUGAACCCUAUGGAUUAGGAAUGGGAUGUCACUUAAAUUCACAUGUGAGUCAAGUCAUGUGAGCGAAUAUUUUUGGCAAUAAAGUGUGUCUGUGUGUGUAUGCAUAUAUACAGACCCUUUCCAAAACAUUUGAAUAUCAUGAAAAAGUUUAUUUAUUUUGAUAAUUCCAUCCAAAGAGUUAAACUUUUACAGAUGAUAGAUUCAGGGCCCACAAUUUAAACAAUUUCAAGUAUUUAUUUGUGUAUUUUUACAUAAUUUGGGCUUCCAGCUCAUAAAACCCACGAAAUCAGGAAUUCAAAAAAAUUCUGUGAAGAAAUCGGCCCAAACUUAGCAGGCCAUAAAUGUUUUAAACUGACUGUCACACACUCAUCAUCUACUAAACUCAAAGCACCUGCACAGGUUUCCCCAGGUGUCAUUAAAUUGCUUCAGUUUGGUUCAAUUGUCUCAGUUGGGUUCAAUAUGGGGAAGACUGCAGACUUGACAACUGGCCAGAAGACCAUCAUUGAUACAAUCCAUAGGAUGGGUAAGCCACAAAGGUUCAUAGCUAAGGAGGCUGGCUGUUCACAGAGUGCUGUGUCCAAGCAUAUCAAUGGAAAGUCUAGUGGAAGGACAAAACAUGUCAGGAGAAGAUACACCAACAAAAAAGAUGACCGUGGGCUUCAGCGGAUGAUCAAACAGAGACGAUUCAAGAAUCUAGCAGAGAUCCAGAAAGAGGGGAAUGAGGUGGGACUCAUAGGUUAAAAAACCACCACAUUCAGACGCAUCCAGGAGAUGGGGUACAACUGUCGGGUUCCUCGGGUCAAGCCACUUCUGAGCCUGAGCCACCGUAGGAAGCGUCUCAACUGGGCAAAGGAGAAGAAGGACUGGACUGUUGGCCAGUGGUCCAAGGUCCUAUUUUCUGAUGAAAUUGACGUGUGCCUUUCAUUCAGGAAUCAAGGUCCAGGACGAGUGAAGAACAAAACCCAAGCUGCUUGAGGUCCAGUGUGAAAUAUCCAGUCAGUAAUGGUUUGGGGUGCAAUGUCCAGUGCAGGUGUUGGUAAACUUUCUUAAAUCCAAGGUCACCGCAACAGUCUACCAGAAUGUUUUAGAGGACUUCAUGAUGAUCCUUCUGCUGAGGAUCUUUAUUUCAUCUUCCAGUAGAACCUGCCCCUUGCCCAUACCGCCAGAAGCACCAAAACCUGGUUUGAUGCCCAUGCCAUCACAGUGCUUAACGGGCCAGUCAAUUCGCCGGAUCUAAACCCCAUUGAGAAUCUAUGGGGUAUUAUCAAGAGGAAAAUUCACCAGACCCACAAACAAAGAAAAACUGACAGCAGGCAUCAAGGAAAUCUGGGCUUCCAUAACUCCCAGGCAAUGCCAGAGGCUGAUUGCCUCAAUGCCACGGUGCAUCGAGGCACUGAUUAAAGCAAAGGGAUUCCCAACUAAGUAUUGAAGAUUAACUAAUCGUUUUGACAGUACCAUAUUUUGAUUGAUUUAAUGUGACCCUAAAUUCUUCAAAAACUGAGAAGUAAAUGGUAAUUUCUUCACAGUAUUCUAAUAUUCUGAAUUCCUGAUUUUGUGGGUUUUAUGAGCUGG